UUUUUUGUUUUUUUUUAACGGUUUUUUGUUGUUGUUUUAUUGUUUUUUAACAACCGGUGUUUAAUUUUUGUUUUGACAACGAUUUUUUUAUUGUGACAAUAACAUUGAUGACAGCAAAAAGUUUACAGAUAAAUAAUAGUUGAACUUGAAGAGGACUUUUUAAGAUAUCAAUAUUAAAAAUGACUAGUGAUAUGACAGAACGACUUGCAUUUGAAGCUGAAUGGUUUGAUAGUAAUGCUGAUUUAAUAAAAAAAUUUUAUUUAUAUUUUUAUACAUCUGAUUGUACAAUUGAGCUUUUUGAUAUUAAAAAUAAAAAAACAUUUUUAAGAAGAACCAAGUGUGAAAAUGUUGAUUUUAAAGAUUUUUUUGUGGGAAAUGUUGUUACAAUUUUCUCCAGGGCAAUGAAAUUAGUUGAUGUUGCUGAUUCAGCAACUAAAAAUAAAAUUGGUAAAAUUAUGGAAAAAACAUUUGCAAUUUUAAAGCCAGAUGUUAUCAACAAAAUGGGAGAAAUAAUUAAAACUAUAACUGCACAUGAUUUACACAUAGCUAAUAUUAUGAUGGUAACAUUAUCAGAGCAAGAUGUUGACAUGUUAUAUGAAAAUAAUGAAAAUAUCAAAUUUAUAAAAUCAUAUUUAACAUCUGGACCAAGUGUUCUGCUGACAUUACUUGGAAAUAAUGCUGUAACAGUCUGGCAGGAUUUAAUGGGAUCUAUUUAUAAUUCUGAUGGCGAAAAAAAUAAUGAAUCUACGUCAUUACGUGCACGUUAUGGAAGUGACAAUAUUCAUGAUGGUUUUUAUGGCUCAUUAAAUUCACAGCUAGCUGAAAAAGAACUUGAUAUUUUUUUUCCAACAAUGAAAUCAGCUAAAAAACAUUUUAAAAAUACAGCAACUUGUAAAAAAUGUACCUGUUGUGUUAUCAAACCACAUGCUGUACGAGCACGUUUAACUGGUAAUAUUAUUGAUGACAUACAAAAAGCUGGAUUUAUUAUAUCAGCAAUUAAACAAUUUCAUGUUGAUCCAAUAAAUGCUGCUGAAUUUCUAGAAGUUUAUAAAGGAGUUUUGGCAAAUUAUGGUGCCAUGGUCGGUGAAUUACAGUCGGGACCAUGUAUAGCAAUGGAGAUUAUUCACAAGGACACUGAUGUUAAUGUUCAAGCUGAAUUUCGAAAAUUGUGUGGACCUAUGGAUCCUGAUAUUGGUGUCAAAGUUAGACCACAAACACUACGUGCUAAAUAUGGCAAAGACAAAAUUCAAAAUGCAAUUCAUUGUUCUGAUAUUCCUGAAGAUGGUAUUUUAGAGGUUGAGUAUUUUUUUAAAAUUCUUGAUGAAUAAUUUUUUUUUACUCAUGGUAUUUUGUAAAAGAAAAAAAACUACAGUAACAAGCAUGAUUGGCCUAUUAGGAAAUGAGUUUUUGUGGUUGUCGGUUACGACGAUUCAUUCAAAGUGCCAGUUGAACGCUUGACAUCAACCAGGAAAGACCAACAAAAUUAUAAUUAAUAUAAAAAAUUAAAUAUUAUAUUUUUAAUAACAAUUAAUAUAUUUUUAAAUUAAUAAUAAUUGUGAAAUUUUGCUAAAAACAGUGAAAUAUCGAAAAAUGUGUAAAAAAAUUUAUUGAAAUUUUUUUAUUUUUUAAUUAUAUCGCUCGAUAAAAUGAAAUAAUUCAAAAAAUUUUAAAUUUUUUAAUAAAAUUUAGAUUUGUGAAUCUCAGUGAAAGUAAAAAUUAUAAUUUUUUUUUUUUUAUUUUCGAAAUCGACCAAUUUUCAAAAUGGUAAGAAAACAAGUACACAAAAUAAUCGAAAUUAUUUUUUUUUAAUAUUCGAAAAACUGAUUUGUAAUUAAAAAUUUCAACAAUAUUUUAUGAUAAACAAAGUCAAGGACAAUAAUUAAAUAUUAUUUUUAAAGAAAUAAUAAAUCGAAAAAAACAAAUUUCGAAAAAAUUUCGAAAUAUUAAUUUUUCAAAUGUCAUAAUAUGAACUGAAUAAUAAAAAUAUUUAUAAAAACAAAAAAACAAUUAAAUUCUUUUAAAAAAGAAAUAAAACAAACAAUUUUUUAAAUAAUUUUAUUUAUUCUCCAUUGUUAUGAUUUGUUGUUUUUUUUUUUGUUUAAUUUGCGUGACAUUUUUAUGUUACUUUCGUUGUUGAAGAAAAAAAAAAUUUUAUGAAAACAAGUCAUCGUGUAAUUGUAUACACAUAAUACAGUCACUCUAGUCAUGCGUGAUUGUAGCAAUAGCGUAAUUUGUUAGUUCCUUUCAAUAUAUUUAAGACACCGUUUAGACUGAAAUUAGUUGGUAACCAGGCACAAUGCACUUGACCCCUUUUUUCAAGAUGAAUGUUGAUACACAUUAAUUCAUUAAUAUUUUUCAAAACCUCAAACAAAUAUACAAUUAAAAUUAUCAUAUACUAAAAACUUAUAAAACAAUAUUUUCAUAUAAUUAUUUUAUUUCUUAUUGAGUUUGUCUAUAAUUAACAUUAAAAUUAUUUACAAUAUAAUAUUAUUAAAAUUUCUUUGUUGAAAACAAUGUAAAGAUGAAAAGUAUAAUCAUCAUGUAAUGUAUAAUCAAUGAUUGUAAUUUUUAAAAUCCUUGGCUUCAUUUGGCUUCAUACAUGAUAAAUAAUUGAUAUACAAAAUAGUUUAAUUGUUUCAACACUGUGUCGAGGUUAAAUUUAUUUAUUAAAUUCUAAUCAUCAUUGUUGUCUUACCUGCAUGUGGUACCACCUUGAAUAUACAGGAAAAAUAUUUAAAUUCAUCAUUGAACCAUCAAUGGCACCAUCAAUGAGCAUCAGGUUAAAUUUAAGCUUGACAAAUAAUGAAUUAUAUCAAUAAACAAUAAAGAUAAUAGAAAUUAUUUUUUUGUUAAUUUAAGUAAAAAAAUAUGUAGAGUCGACAUAGAUAUAAUCAUCAAGAUUUGAGUUGUUACAUUGCUGAAAGAUGUUGCAACCGUAAUCAAAUGAUAAAAUGGAUAAUCGGUGUUAGCUCGAGUUAAUAAAAUGACCGGGGAAAAAUAUUUAAGUAAUUCUAAGAUGACAUAGUCCAAAUUGAAUGAAUAAAAAAUAAAAUAACAAGAACUUUUGAUUCAAUAAUAAUAUUUUUUAUUUUUUUCUUGAUUAAUUGUAUGGGAAAUUAAUUUUUUAUCAGAGUGUAACAACCUGAUUCAUCAAGGACGUAUUAAAUUGCGUUAUUAAGUUACUUAAAAGUGUAACAACUUGAUCGAAUUUCCAUCAUCAUAAAAUCUUUGAAUCAAUUACACACUGGAGGUAGUAAAAACUCAUAGAGUUUGUUAUUAAUUUUAUUUUUUUAUUUUUUUUUUUUCGACGACAAAUUAUUAUUGUCGAGUUUGGAACAAGAGGAUUAAACU